CAUCGCACCGCCCGUCGCCGUCGGCCCCCAACCCCCACGAUCAGACAAGACCAGAGCGCUGGUGCGCCGCACCAGCCGAGUCCAGCCAAGAACUUCACCAAAAACAAAUCCCUUUUUCUCCUUUUGUUCCCACCCGGGAUCGAAGAGAGAGCCUCGCAACCCUGUCCUUGCUUUCCGGAUUAAUAGUUCGAGUGAGUGUGUGAACAAACCGACGAUUAAAUCGCCGUCACCGCCCCCGCUCCCCGCUCCCCGAUCCGAUCCCGGGGUUCGCACCCGUUCGUUGCUGCUGGCCUGCUGCUGCUUGCGCCACCGCAUUUCGCUCCGAGGCGGCGGGGGAGCGAGGAAGAUGGCGCCGUAGCGGCGAGACGGGGAGCAGCUGGAUCUCUCCUGGGUUGCAGCUGCCGCCGCCGGUCUCGCUGCGAGCAGCAUCGCGGCCUCCCCUCGCUUUCACCUUGCUCGUGGUAACUGGUGUUAAAUUGUGAUUGCUUCUUGUUGCUUUCUCACCCUUCACUGCUCGUGGAAUUGCAAAGGAUCAAAGUGUUCUCUGUCAGAAGUUAAGAACGUCUCUUGUCUUUGGCUUGUUGGCACAAUGGCAAUGACAUCGCCAACUAAUACAAGGCGCAAGUAUUCAUGGUGGUGGGACAGCCACAUUUGCCCAAAGAACUCAAAAUGGCUAAAAGAAAAUCUUUCAGAUAUGGAUAGCAAAAUUAAACUGAUGAUCAGGAUAAUUGAAGAAGAUGCUGAAUCAUUUGCAAAAAGAGCAGAAAUGUACUACCGAAGGCGACCUGAGCUGAUGACCUUACUUGAGGAGUUGUACCGUGCAUACCGAGCUUUAGCAGAAAGAUAUGAUCAUGCAGCAGGAGAACUUCGACAAGCACAUCGAAAAAUAGCAGAAGCAUUUCCUGAUCAGGUUCUAAUGGACUUGGAUGAUGACCUCCCGGCUGAAACUGCUUCCAUUGAAACUGACAUGGACAAUCCAGACAUGUCUCCAUAUUUCCUCUCUUUUAUCAAUGCUAGCGAUUCAAAAAAGCGUAACAAAGAUGACCAAGAUCACGAGAGGCUCCACAAAGAGCUAGCAAGCUUGUUGGAGGAAAACCAAAACCUCAAGGAUCGGAUCUCAUCCAUGCUAGAGCACAGCAACAAGGCUGAGUGUGAGAUCCUUUGCCUCAAGGAGUCCCUCGCUCAACAAGAAGAGGAGAAGGAAGCUGCAGUUUCACUAUGCCAACAAUCAACUGCUAGAUUACAAAACCUCAAAUCUGAAAUUGUGCAUACCCAGGAGAAGUUCAACAGGCUUAAAGAGGAGAUGCAAACUGUACCGCAGCUUUUGGGCAACGGAGACGAACAUUUCUUUCUGCUUGAAAGAGCUAAUCAGGACUUGCACUUGGAGCUAGAUAAUCUGAAACUUUUGUUGAAGCAGAAGCAUGACGAGCUAAAUGACAAGCAAGCCGAGAUGGAAAAGCUUCAUAUCUCUACAGAAGAAGAGCAUCUCAAGCGUAUGCAAGCAGAAAUGGCACAACUCUCUUUGGAGAAGCAAUUACUACUGGCACAAGACAAACUGAGACAUUUGGCUCUUGAGAAGCAGAGUGAGGUAAGCAAGAAAAAGGACAUUGAAGAAAGCAAAGCUGUGCUUCAGAAAGAAUUGGAGAAGAUUCUGGAAGAGAAACAAAAGUUGAAUGAUCAAAGCCACUCUUCUUCAGCAGUGAUAAUUCGUUUGCAGGAUGAGAUAAUUUCUAUGAAGAACAUGCAACGAAGACUGGAGGAAGAGGUCUGUCAACAUUUGGAGGAAAAGAAUAAACUUCAACAUGAGCUUUCUCAUCUUAAAGAGGAUAGGAGUGACUGGGAGAGGAAACACUCUUCAAUCAAUGAACAAAUACAAUCCGUGAAUUUGAAUGUAGAAUCGCUACAAGCAUUGGCACAAGAGUUGAGGGAUGGCAAUGUUGAGCUGAAAGAGAUUGUCAAGAACCAUGAGAGCAUUGAACUUCUGCAUAUUGACAACCUGAAACAGUUGGAGAGGAUGUCAGAGACGAAUACACAGUUAGAGAAGUCUUUGUCAUCUGCAGCCACCGAGCUUGAGGGGUUGAGGGAGAAAAAGGUGGCAUUAGAAGAAUCGUGUAUGCACCUCAAAUCCAAGAUUGCCACUCAUCAGUCUGAGCGAGCUGUGCUUGUUGCUCAGAUUGAGGUAGUUUCUCAGACCAUGGAGGAUUUACUGGAGAAGAAUGUCUUCUUGGAGAAUUCAUUAUCUGACGCUAAUGCUGAACUUGAGAGUUUGAGGAGGAAGUUGAAAGAACUGAAAGAAUCUUCACAGGCACUCCAAAAUCAGAACUCUAUACUUCAAUAUGAGAAGAAAACGCUUGCCCACCAGGUUGACAGCAUCACUGUCACUCUACUGAAUUUGGAAAGGCAAUACAAAGAACUAGAAAGGAGACACUCGGAUCUGCAGAAGGAGAAGGACUUAGUGCUCGAUGAAGUGAUUAAGCUACAGGAACAAAUCAGGCUUGAGAGGAAGGAGCAUGAAGAUAGUACACACUCAAGCAACACUCGAUUUGAUGCUCUACAGGAUAAGAUUAGCCUAUUACUAGAAGAGGGCAGGAAUAGAGAGGUGCAGCUUGGAGAAGAGGAGCUCAAGAUUGUCAAAGCUCAGGUAGAGAUAUUUGUCAUGCAACAGUGUUUGAAUGACAUGGCAGAAGUAAAUUCUGAUAUCUCAGCACAGUUGCGAAAGAAGAAAGAAACAUGCAAGGUCCAGGAGGGUAAAAUGUACAGCUUAUCACAGCAUAAUCAGAAACUAACUGAAGGGAUUGAUUCAGUGGUGAAAGUGUUGCAUUUGGAUCGUAAGUAUGAAUCCUUAGACCAAAUGAAGCUUGAAAUCAUCAUGCAACUCAUCUUGACUGAGAUAAGCUGCCUGUUGAAUAAUAUAUCUGAUGCCCAGGAUGUGAAGCAGAAUGAGCUGGUUGAGAGAUCACUUGUUGUUACACUUCUCGAGCAUUUUGGACAAGAGGUAGCUGACUUGAGGUCAGAGCGGCAUGCCUUGAAGCAAGAUCAGCAGACAAAGAAUGAGGAACUGCUCCAGCUGCAGAGAGAAAAGGAGGAACUUAUGAAGAUAAGUGAUGAGUUCUUGGAAGAGGUAGAGGCUCGUAACCACAAAGUGGAUGAGCUGAAGGCUGAGGCGAAGUUCUUAGUUGGAAGGCUGUCAGAACUGCAAGAGUCCAGGAGGUCAUUGCAAAGCGAGAUGACCAAGCUGUUACAAGCGAACUCUUUUCUGUCAAGUGAAUUAAAUGACUCCAUUGAGAAACAGAAGGUGUUUGAACAUGACUUCAGCAAUCUCGUUACUGAAGCAGUCAGCAAAGAUAUCCUCAGUGUGAUCUUUAGAAGCCUUCAUGAAGAGAGGACGUUGCAGCUGAAGUCUUUGCAUAAUAAUUUUGGCUGUAUGCAAACAGCAGGCAGUGAACUUUAUCAGGAGAUCAAGAUGAUGAACAAGAGGCUUGGAGAGAUAGAAAUCGAGAACAAUUACCUUGGCAAAGAACUAAGUAGAACCAUGAGUGUUUAUGGUGGGUCUGUUGUGCAAACUGCUGGAGGAAAAGGGCAUCCAGGCCGGAGAGAUUCCAGUCUUCUGCAUUCUGACAGGAAAACCCAAGAAGAUUACCAUGUAAACACGGAAGUGGAACACAAAGAAUUUGGCGACGCUGAUUUUCAGGAGUCAAAUGAAAUUCUGCAAGAGGAGGUAUUUAAGUUGAGGAACGAAUUGGAAAUGCUUAGGAGCAAGGAGAAGAUUGUGUUUGACAUCAAAUCUUGCGAUGAAGAGAUCAUGAAAUUGCUGGCUAAUAUGCAAAUGGCCAUCAUGAAUGCAGCUCUGUUCAAGGAGAAGGUCCUUGAGCUCAUCAUAACAUGCGAGAGUUUUGAGAUAAGUGCCAUGGUACAGAAGGAGGUGCUGAAGGAAGAAAUCAUACAAAGAAACUCAUAUGUAGAUGAGCUCAAGGACAAACUGAAUGCUGUUGAGAUUGAAAACAGAAGACUGAAGGUUGAUCUAAAUGGUGAUUUCACGAUGUUAGGAUCGUUGCAAACUGAAGUCAGUGCCCUGGAGGAACAAACCUUGUCCCUUGCCAAUGACUGCUUGCAACCAAAUAAACUCAGAAUGGAGGAAAAUGUGUUAUCACCUGAAGUUUUGAAGACCUCCAUGCGAUCCAGUGGUGAUGAAAAUGCAAUGAGGAUGGUGAAGGACAUGGAAUUGCAGAAAUUGCAUGGAACAAUCAAAGCACUUCAGAAGGUGGUCACAGAUACUGGUGUCCUUCUUGAACAAGAGAGGCUUGAUUUCAAUGCCAAUUUGCAGGAAGCAAAGAAGCAGAUUGAGGUGCUGAAGCUCAAGGAGAUCUUGGAUGAUGAUAUAAUUGAAAUGAAUUAUGAACAAAUGCUAAAAGACAUACAACUUGACCUCAUCCAAACUUCUUCGGGCCGUAGAACUAGUCCAUUUGGUCAGGAAAAGAAAAGUGUAGCACAAGUAGAUGACAAAAUGGUCAACCUUCGCGCCAUUGUUGGGCCCAGCCGUGGACAUAUGGCUGUUGACUUAAGGCCACCUCAAAGUGAGUCAUUCGGGACAGACAACAACCAAAUGGUUGUGAAAGAGCUCAGCAUUGACAAGCAAGAGCUACCGAGGUUGACCGCCAUGGAGCCACACCAGGAGUGGAAAAACAAGGUUGUGGAAAGGUUAUUUUCUGAUGCGCAGAGGCUCAAUGCCCUCCAGUCCAGCAUCCAAGAACUUAAAACAAAUGCCGAAACAUCUGAAGAGCUUGAACUUGAGAGCGUCAGAUACCAAAUAAGAGAAGCUGAGGGUACCAUCAUGCAGCUAAUCGAUACCAACAGCAAGCUAUCCAAGAAGGCCGAGGAGUUCACGUCUGCUGAUGGUCUUGAUGCGGAAAACACCGACUUGAGGAGCAGACAUCAGCGUAAGAUCUUGGAGCGUGCGAGGAAGAUGUCUGAGAAGAUUGGGAGGCUGGAGGUGGAAAUGCAGAAGGUCCAGCAGGCUCUGCUGAAAUACGAGGAGGAGCAGAGUAGCAGAAAGACUUCAAAAGCCCUGCAGCGGCGAUCCAAAGUGCAGCUCGUAGAGUACCUCUAUGGUCGAAGGCGGGACAGUCGCAAACAGCGAAGCUCGCCCUGUGGUUGCAUGAGAGCGAAAACCAUCGACGACUAACUCGCCUUCCACGCCGCUUCUUUUUUAAAAGGCGCAAGGGAAGGUCAAUCUUGUCAGCUUCAGAAUCGCAUCAAAUUGUCUAUUUUGUUCAUGUUCUUUAUAGGUAAAUGGGUGAAUGUAUAAGGGUUGUAAAUGGUAGCCAUGGAUAAUAACCAUCUGUUAUAAAGGUUCUCUUCGCUUGUAAAAUUAUUGCUAACAUUUGUUGCUUGUAGCUUCUGAUAAUGUCCAUGGUUGGUUUAAAGUGAAUCUUUGUUACAGCAAAA